CGCCGCCGCCGCCGCGCAGAGCAAGGUUGUGUCCACAUGUGACCAGCUGAAACUAGUUCUGAGGACACAAAGGGAAGGGAGAGGGAGAUAAGGAGCCAAAUAGUAGGGCAGGCAGCGGAGCCGGCGGCAGAAGGAGCAGCCUUCGCCAGGACGCGCAGCCAGGCGGCGGUCAGUGCUCCCUCAGUAUCGAUCCAGAAUGCAGGUCCGUGGAUUCUUUCUCUUCUUGGUGCUGAUUCUUCUGGCUGUAUCUUCUGAAGCUGGCAAGAAUAAAAAAGACAAGGUGAAGAAAAAUGGCUCUGAUUGUGAGGAAUGGCGCUGGGGUCCCUGUGUCCCCAACAGCAAAGACUGUGGUGUGGGCUACCGUGAGGGAACGUGUAAUGAGGAGACCAAGAAACUCAAGUGCAAAAUCCCCUGCAACUGGAAGAAGGAAUUUGGAGCUGACUGCAAGUACAAGUUUGAGAGCUGGGGUGGCUGUGAUGCUGCAACAGGCCUGAAGGCCCGUUCAGGGACUCUGAAAAAGGCUCUGUACAAUGCCGAGUGUCAGGAUACUAUUCAAGUGACUAAGCCUUGCUCUCCUAAGGCCAAAUCAAAAUCCAAAGCCAGGAAAGGAAAGGGGAAAGACUAGAAUGAUGGACACAACCCCACCAUCGUCAGAGCAUGAUGCCUGGAUCCACUUGGACACACACCACUCAGAGCUGCAGCGUGGUCCCUCCCAGCUCGGCGAUGCUUUGCCAAAUCCCACUGCUGUUCUUCCUCCACAGCUUUGACCUUAAUCGAGAUACCAUUUCUAAACACUAGUUUUGUAGAGAGCAAGCCUGUCCUGAAGGAGGUGCUGUUUGCAUUCCCCUUUAACUGCUUCCUUCUCCCUCUUGUAUAUGCAUAUGCACCCCAGUGUUCUUUGCUCUGGCCCCCCACUCCAAAAUUCAGUAGGAUGCAUGUUGAGAUGGGUUGGGCUGAGCUAGGCUGUGGAUUCCCAUUUAGGAUCCUUUAUCAAAGCCAAGUAGCCUUUUGCCACAUCUCUUGCAAGCUUGGCAAUGAUGCCAACUUUCCCAUGCAAUUUUGCCUUGCCACAGACAAAUUAAGCUAGUCAAGGGGACAGCUUCAUGGAAUUUCAGUGGGGAGGAGGGGGUUGCAGAGCCCCAAAUCUGCUCUGCCUCCUUACUAAGGUGCAGUAGGAAGAUUUUGGCUUCUUUCAUUUUGGUCCCCUCAGAUUUACAGGGAGCUAAAUCUGUGCCUGCUACCCAUAGUGCUUUGUGUGAGUGCAUGUGUGUGGUUCCUUUUUCCUUGCUCUCUCUCCAGUGUGUGUGUGUGUGUGUUGGUAUCACAUGCUGUUGAAGGCUCCCCAUUUGGGGAGGGGGGAGUGUGUGUGUGUGUGUGAGAGGGAGAGGGAGAGGGAGAUGGAGAGGGAGAGAGAUCCUCUGUAAGCCAUGUUUGAUUUGUCUUUUGUCAGCAGAACGUGCCUUCCGUCCCCUUCCACAUCCAGGAAUCUUCUCCAGAGUUAAUGAGCAUUGUUUUUUCUUCCAGUCAUUAUGUCCUCAUUCUUUCUGUCCCUUCUUAUCUUUAUUUUUGCUGGGACGCUGCGGCCUUUCCCUACUUUAUUGGUGCUGGGGAAGCCCUCUCUGCUUUUUACAUCCCCCCCCUUUUCCAAUAAAAAUGUUUUUACAAAAAUAA